AAAAUAAAAUGCAAAGUAUUUCGUAUCCAAUCAGAUAUCAUUUGUUAAAGUAAAUUAAGAAACAUUUUGCGACUGUGUCGCUAACAAAGCAAGUAUCUGACGUCAUUAUUAAACCAACGAGUAUAUCUUAUCAUCAGAAUGUGUAUUCCCAAAGCUCAUAUCGCUCUCAGCUCAUACGAUAGUCUGGAAGAAUUAGCGGGAAAGAUGUAUAAAACUGCACGAUUGCGAUUAUGCAGUCAGUUAUUACGCUGCGAACGCUAAAGAGCAGUAACGUCAGCAGAAGAAGCUAAACUUUUUAAAUAAACCCGAUAUCAGAGAAAUUAAUUAAGAUUUUUAAGUGAUACAAACUAUCCAAUAAUGUCGUCCAAAUUAGUUUUAUAUGGCACUAAACUAAGUCCACCCGUUCGCGCCGUGCAGCUCACCCUCAAAGCACUUAAUCUUGACUUUGAGUUUCGCGAAUUGAAUCUCUUUUCCAAAGAUCAGUUCCAACCGGAAUUCCUAAAGAAGAAUCCCCAACAUACAGUGCCUGCUCUAGAGGAUGGUGAACACAUAGUUGUGGACUCGCAUGCUAUUGCCGCCUAUUUGGUGCGCAAGUAUGGCAAGGAUGAUGCUCUCUAUCCGAAAGAUUUUCACGCACGCGCCAUUGUUGAUCAGCGUCUAUACUAUGAAGCAGCCACAUUGUUUGCCACCUGCCUUAAGCAAAUUACCAGUCCACUCUUUUACCAGAAUGUCACUGAGGUGCCAAAAGAAAAAUUCGAUCAAAUACGCGAUGCCUACACUAUGCUGGAGGAAUUUCUCGCCAAAAGCACCUACGUAGCUGGGGAGAAUUUGACAAUUGCCGAUUUCAGCAUCGUUUCGACGGUGAGUUCAUUCAAUGCGGCCUUUGUGUCAGUCGAUAAGAGCAAGUGGCCGAAAUUGGCUGAAUGGCUGAAACGUUUGGAAUCAUUGCCAUACUAUGCGGAGGCGAAUGGGGCAGGUCUAAAGAUGUAUGCCGAUUUAAUUCUUAGUAAAUUGCCAAAGCAAUAUGAGAAGCUGUGGAAGAAGGCAUUGGAAGAUAUCAAAAGUAGCAAGCAGUGAGUGGCAAGUGUGAGAUAUGCACUAAAAUGAAUCAUAGAGUCGAUUUUUGCGAUGGUCGUUAAAAAUGUUAAGUAGUCAUUAUGCAAUAAUACAUUUGUCUUAAUUGAGAAUUGUAAAUAAAUAUUUGUGAGCUUAUUUUUAACCGAGUAAAUUGUAUGGCAUAUGUAUGAACUCGUUUUGCUUAAAAUAAAUUAAGCAAAU